UGCUUGAGCUGCCUUAUGUUGCGAAUAUAUAUAAGGCCAUUUCUGAAGAGCUAAAGUUGUAAUAGUUGCUUACAACUACAGUAAUUAACAUGCAGACCCUCGUUGUUUUUGCCGCUGUCAUCGCCGCCGCCUUUGCUGGCCAUCUUGGAGGAUGCACUCUGGGAGGAUGCAGGCUUGCUGUCCCCUCUCUGGCUGUUGCUGCCCCCAUUGCUGUUGCCGCUGGACCCUUCGUGACUAAGGAGACCGUUGUUUCUGGAUCGAUUCAAGCUCCUGCUCCGAUCGCUGUUGCCGCCCCCGUUAUUUCUAAAAUCGCUGUGGCCGCCCCCACCAUCGCUGCCGCUCCUAUCGGGCUCGGAUACGGAGCCGGUCUCGCUUACGGAGCUGGUCUUGGACCUGCAUACGGGAAAGGCUGGUAGAUAGCUAAAGCAGUACUGGAUGCUGCAGAUAAAUAAAUGCAUAACGUGGUAUUCAUAUUGACUCA